UCUCUUCCUCGCCCGAGCCGCCACCCGUCGAACCCUAGCCUUCUCUCGACAGCAGCCAUGGCGGAGUACGACCUGACGGCGCGCAUGGUUGCGCACAUGGACCGCCACCUGGCGCUCCCGCUCCUCGAGUUCCUCCAGGAGCUCAAGGUCUACGCCGACGCGCAGAUCCUGCAGGGCAAGAUCUCCCUCCUCAGCGGCACCAACAUGGUCGACUACGCCAUGGACAUCCACAAGUCUCUCCACGGCACCGAGGACGUGCCCGCCGACAUGGUCGCGCGCCGCUCCGAGGUCGUCGAGCGGCUGCGGUCCCUGCAGGACGCCGUCAAGCCCAUCGUCGACUUCCUCUCCAGCCCGCAGCUCGUGCAGGAGCUCCGCGCCGACAAGCAGUACAACCUGCACGUCCUCCAGGAGCGCCACCAGAUCGGGCCCGACCAGAUCGAGGCCCUCUACCAGUACGCCAAGUUCCAGUUCGAGUGCGGGAUGUACUCGGAGGCCGCCGACUUCCUCGCCCAGUACCGCGCUCUCUGCACCGACAGCGAGCGCAGCCUCAGCGCCCUCUGGGGGAAGCUGGCGGCGGAGAUUCUGAUGCAGAACUGGGAUGUCGCGCUGGAGGAGCUCAACCGGCUCAAGGAGAUCAUCGACGCCAACAGCUCCUCGGCCUCGCCGGUGAACCAGCUCCACAGCAGGAUCUGGCUGAUGCAUUGGAGCCUCUUCAUCUUCUUCAACCACGAGAACGGCAGGAACGGGAUCAUCGACCUCUUCUUCCAGGACAGGUACCUCAACGCUAUCCAGACUAACGCGCCCCAUCUCCUGAGGUACCUCGCUGCAGCGGUUGUUGUGAACAAGAGGAGGAGGAACAUGCUGAAAGAGCUGAUCAAGGUCAUCCAGCAGGAGCAGCAGAGCUACAAGGAUCCCAUAACUGAGCUCCUGGAGUGCCUCUAUGUGAGGUAUGACUUUGAUGGCGCGCAGCAGAAGCUCGUCGAGUGCGAGCAGGUUAUACUGAAUGAUCCGUUCCUGGGGAAGCGCAUCCAAGGGGGGAAUUCCAUCAAUGUUCCUCUGAGGGACGAGUUCCUCGAGAAUGCCCGCCUGCUCAUCUUCGAGAACUACUGCCGGAUACAUCAGUGCAUCGAUAUCAGCGUGCUUGCGGAGAAGAUGAACAUGACCUACGAUGAAGCGGAGCUCUGGAUAAUGAACUUGGUCAAGAGUUCCAAGCUGGAUGCCAAGAUUGAUUCCGUGAAAGGCACUCUCAUCAUGACCACCAACCGUGUUAAUGUCCAUGAGCAGAUGAUCGAGAGCAUGAAGAACCUCAACGCCAGGACUUACAUGCUGGCAAAGAGCCUGCUUGACCUAGGUCAUCCACCUGCACAGGAGGCUGCUCGGUGAUACCUUCACUUCUGCACCUUCGAUUCUGCAAGAGUAACUUUGGGACUUGUGCUGUUUGUCAGCGACUUUUUUGCUAGUAUUUGAAUUAUCUCCUGAUGGUAAUUUGCAGUUUGCUACAGAAAAUACUGACGUUUUUUUAAGGUGCUGUACUUGGAUUUCUGUUGCUCAAGUUAAUCCUUGUAUAUCGAUAUCUAUUACAUUUC